GUAAUCAAUCCCUGCACGACUCUUUUUGGGAAUCAGUCAAGCUAUGACAGUCGAGAGUUGGUACAGACUAGGCAGAAGUUCACUGAAAACCGGGAACCUUUACCUUGGAGCCUACACGCGAGCACAAAAUAUCAAUUUGGUUUACACCAGCUCAUAAAGACGAUAUUGGAUUAGGUUGAGCGCUUCAUUCGACAAGUGUGUUACAGAGGUUCACUAACUAUCUGUCAUGAACUACCUUCUCAGCAAUGCCGCCAAUGGAUGUUGACCUUCAUCCUAACAAUCGAAAUGGUUCCUCUGCUUAUCAUGGACAACGCCUGAGUACUGAUGCUCCUGAUAGUACAAAUGUUUCUAUGGGGGAUUCUAGUAGCUCUCGGUCCUCAAAUAUAGAUUCAACCAUAUCUGCGUCAGAUACUAUCCGUAAUGAUACUUGUGACGGUAGUAACAGAAUGCUUAGUUCCAUGCAUGAACGUGUCAAUGUCUUUGAACAUAAUUUCUCUGUGCCGCGUUGCUGUUCCUUUGGAGACGGGUUGAUAACUAGCGUUCAUAACACACAUGUAACCUCAUCUGUUUCUAAUGGUAAAUCUGGCUCAGUUCAACAAUCUAAUGAUCGCUUGGCGUAUACUGCAGAACGUCAUCCUAUCAGUUCGUUUGAAGCGAUGAACCAUUUUCGUAAAAAUAAAGAAUUAUGCGAUGUAGUACUGUUAGUCGAUGGAAGGGAGAUUUACACACAUCGUGUUGUACUAGCAGCUUGUUCGGCUUAUUUUAGAGCUAUGUUUACCGGGGAAUUGGCUGAAUCUAGACAGACUAAGGUUACUCUUUACGACUUAGAUGGCGAUGCUGUUGAAACUCUGAUUGACUUUUGCUACACUAGUCAAAUUACAGUAGAAGAAUGUAAUGUUCAAAAUUUAUUGCCAGCUGCCUGUCUGUUACAACUUACAGAGAUUCAGGAUGUGUGUUGUGAAUUUUUAAAACGCCAGUUAGAUCCUUCUAAUUGCCUAGGCAUCCGAGCAUUUGCUGAUACACAUGCAUGUAGUGGAUUACUACGUGUAGCUGAUCGAUUCACACAUUUACACUUUCUUGAAGUUGUAAAAUCUGAAGAAUUUCUACUUCUUCCAGUUAAUCAUCUUGUUGAUAUUUUAAGUUCAGAUGAUUUAAAUGUUUAUUCAGAAGAGCAAGUUUAUUAUGCUGUAAUGUGUUGGGUGCAUCAUAAUCUGUCUGAACGUCGACCAUAUUUAUCUUAUGUAUUAGAACAUGUACGAUUGCCUCUGCUUAGUCCUAAAUUUCUAGUUGGUACUGUUAGUUCAGAUUUAUUAAUACGUUCGGAUGAACGAUGUCGUGAUUUAGUGGAUGAAGCAAAAGAUUAUUUACUGUUACCUCAUGAACGUCCAUAUAUGCAAGGUCCACGUACUAAACCAAGAAAAGUAUUACAAGUCGGUGAAUUAUUAUUUGCUAUUGGUGGUUGGUGUUCAGGUGAUGCAAUAGCCUCUGCUGAACGUUAUGAUUCACGUACGCAUAAAUGGCAUCUUGUAGCACCAAUGCAUAAAAGACGUUGUGGUGUCGGUGUUGGAGUUGUGUACGAUUUACUCUAUGCUGUUGGUGGACAUGAUGGACAUAGUUAUUUGAAUUCAGUUGAAAGAUAUGAUCCUUACACAAAUCAAUGGUCGUCCGAUAUAGCUUCAACUAGUACAUGUCGUACUAGUGUUGGUGUAGCUGUAGUUAAUGGUUUAAUGUAUGCUGUCGGUGGACAAGAUGGUGUCUCUUGCUUGAAUUUUGUUGAGUGUUAUGAUCCAAAUGUGAAUAAAUGGCUAAAGGUAUGUAACAUGACUUGUCGUCGUCUCGGUGUUGGUGUUGCAGUUCUUAAUGGUCAGUUGUAUGCCGUCGGUGGUUCGGAUGGUCAACAGCCUUUAUCGUCAGUGGAGCAUUUAGAUCCUCGUGUUGGAGUAUGGCAUCAGAUAUCUUCAAUGGGUACUAAACGUAAACACUUGGGAGUUGCUGUAUAUAAUGGUCUAAUAUAUGCUGUAGGUGGGAGAGAUGAAGCAACAGAAUUAUCAUCUGUUGAAUGCUUAGAUUUGCGUACUCGUACAUGGACUCCAGUUGUAGCCAUGACGUCAAGACGUAGCGGAGUUGGAUUAGCUGUAGUGAACAAUCAGCUGAUUGCUAUCGGUGGAUUCGAUGGUGCUACCUAUUUGAAAUCUGUUGAACUAUACGAUCCAGAUGCAAACAGUUGGUCUCUAUGUGGCAGUAUGAAUUAUAGACGAUUGGGCAGUGGAGUCGGUGUAGUACGACUAGCUGAUUCAUAUUGUAAUUUCAAUAGCACAUCAUUCACUAAUGGCAAUAACACUAACAACAAUAUUAAUAACAGUUCCAUCAGUAAUUGUUGUCUUUCAGGAUCUAUUGUUAGCACCAGUGUAACAAGUAGCAACAAUAGUAGUAGUAUAAAUGAUGGUUCGUUAAGUUUUUCACUAACUGACUCCAUAUUCCCACCAGGUUUACCUAUUUCUACAACCGGUCUAUGCUCUCAUAACACAAAUAUUAAUAACAGUAACAAUAAUAAUAAUAAUAGUAAUGCUACUAGCAGUAAUAAUGAUCUUUCACAGAUAAUGAUGCGAAAUCUAACCUGUUCAACAGGUAUCUCUACUACAGUCGGUGUUACAACACCAACACCAUCAUCGUCGUCAUCAUCAUCAGCAUCAACAACAACAACAGCAGCAGCAACACCAACAGCAUCGAAUUCUGGACAAAUGAAUACAUCAAAUACCAGAUCGAAUAGUACAUUUUUAUUUUAACACUUUGAUGAUGCAACGCUUCACUUGUUAUUGCGUUUUUCUUUUUUGUUUUUGUAAAUGACCUGUGUAUCUAUCAAUCAAUCAAUCUUUCAUAUAUUGCAAAAUUUAAGAAAUUAAUAUAUAUUUCACAUUUAGGAUUCAUCUCGUGCUGUAAAUUGAUUAAUUAAUUAAUUAAUUACCCUUCAUUCAGUCAAUUUUUGUUUUUGUAAAAGAUUUAUUCACACACACACACACUAUGUCCACCCACCCACCAACAGCUUAUUUGUUUCUCCUGGUUAUGUAACAUAUUUCAUGCGGUGUGGUCACUAAUGUUUCUUGGUCAUUUCGCUCAUAAAUUUCUUUCAACACACUGGUUACUCAUACAAAUAGUACAAAAGAUGUUUUUGACAAAUUGUUCGUUCAUGACUGUUUGUCUUAUGUCUAAAUAGGAAAAGCUUUUUUAUUAUUUAAUUAAUAAAUUAAUUUUCACGCUGAAUUUUUCUUCAAUAUUUUGAUUCU